AUGUCGUCUGGAAACCCAGUGAUUUGGUUGGUGGAUCAGCUGGGAGCGAGUACGGCUCAGAGGUACCACCAGGAAAAAUAUUUUAUCUUUGCGUUGACGCCACAACAAGUUAGAGAAGUGUGCAUCUCCCGAGACUUUCUACCAGGUGGGAGGAGAGACUAUAUGGUUCAGAUUCAGCUGAGGUUUUGUUUAUCAGAGACGAGCUGCCCUCAGGAGGACAAUUACCCCAACAGUCUUUGCAUAAAGGUCAAUGGAAAACUGUUUCCUUUGCCAGGCUACGCACCGCCACCAAAAAAUGGCGUGGAACAGAAGAGACCAGGAAGACCACUCAACAUUACCUCCCUUGUUAGACUCUCAUCUGCAGUACCCAAUCAGAUUUCAGUGACAUGGGCACCUGAAAUUGGAAAGACCUACUCCAUGUCUGUGUACUUGGUGAGGCAGCUGACGUCUCCCCUGCUCCUGCAAAGACUGAGGAUGAAGGGCAUCAGGAACCCAGACCACUCCAGAGCACUGAUCAAAGAGAAGCUGACAGCAGAUCCAGACAGUGAGAUUGCUACAACAAGCCUUCGAGUGUCUCUUAUGUGCCCGCUGGGUAAGAUGCGACUGAUGGUGCCAUGCAGGGCUGUGACGUGCUCCCAUUUGCAGUGUUUCGAUGCUGCCCUCUACCUGCAGAUGAAUGAGAAGAAACCCACCUGGAUCUGUCCUGUGUGUGACAAGAAGGCUGCGUAUGAGAGCCUCAUCAUUGAUGGAUUGUUCUUGGAGAUCCUGAACGACUGCUCGGACGUGGAUGAAAUCAAGUUCCAGGAGGAUGGGACGUGGUGUCCAAUGAGACCAAAGAAAGACGCUGUAAAGAUCCCCACUCAGUCCGUUCCAAAGGUGGACACCUCGGCUCCUUUGCGUCAACCGUCGGUGGCCCCUCAUUCUACUGAGCCCAGCUGCACCAAGAGGGCGGAUGUGAUCGAUCUGACUAUAGAAAGCUCUUCUUCUGAUGAUGAAGAGGACAAAGACCCUCCACCCAAGAAACGCUGCGUCUACAUUUCCAAGAAUGAGGAGAUGCAUGCAAAGGGAGUGUUGAGCUACCAGCCCACUGUGCGAGUGCCAAACGUCCAGGCCCUGGACCCGUCGUAUCUGAACUCCACACUGGCCGACUAUGCAGUCCCCUUCCAUCCUUCUGCCUUGGCCUCCAUCCCCACAGACAUGCAGAGUCUGGAUCUGUUUUCCUUAAUUCAAACUGAUCCACAGCAUUACUCGCCUCAGAUGUUCUUGGAUAACCUGACGAGCAGCAUGCAAAAUGCAGCUGCAGCAACCAGCAGCCACUAUGACGCCAUCAGCCACGCCGCCAGCUCCUUCCAUGACACUAGGGUCCUCACAGGAGGGGGCGGGGGCACGGGAGGAGGGGCCGACGGCGGCACAUCGGAUAUCAUUUCUCUCGAUUGAGCCUCGCCGUACUGGACCUGAUGGAGCUGGUUUUCUUUUUAAUGUGAAAUAUUGUAAAUGUUCAGUUUUCCACACGAGCACUCUGAUGAUGGCAGCGCCUGUUUUAACAGCAUUAGCAUGAUAAAUGCCAUGGACCACAUUAACUGAAGACAUGAGUUUCUUAAUCAUGUCACGUCAUGUUUGCUGUUCAUGGUCCUUUAACAACAUGCAGACAUUUGUACAUAAAACGAAAAUGUCGUUUUUGGUUUUAGUUGAUUGAACUUUGUUUUCUACACGGUGACAGGAAGUCUUGUGACGUACAUGGUUACACUUUCAAAGGAAAAGCUUCAGCCUGAGCUCUGUGAACGUCGUCCUGUCAGGACUGGAAACAUUUACAACACCGAGCUGUUGUAGCGAUUUGUUUCCUUUCAUGUAAAUCGGACCUGAACUGUGUGCCUCGCCAGUGUGGAGUGGACUCAGAGCGGACCCGCUGCUCUGGGCUGGGCGUAAGAAGACGCUGUCACAGUGAGUGGGUGUUUCCCCACACAGACGGUGGACUGAGCCGUCUCCAGCUCUGGUGGUGUCUGUGGACGUUGUUACAGGGUGGAUUUCAUGUCAUACCAACACAAACUGUUUGUUCUAUCGUACAGUAAAUGAAUCAGAGCAAUAAGAGCUUGACAGGUUCGUUACACAGAGCUGUGAUUAAAGGUUGCAGACUUCGCUCUAGUUUAACGAACUGCU